AUGCAGAUCGUCAGGAUUCAGACGAACAUCCGCGCUGCAGAUGUUCCAGAAAAACUGGAGCAAGAUGUCAGCUACGGGUUAUCAGUGGUCAUGGAAAUGCCUUCUGAUAAGUUUGUGGUUAUUGUGGAGCCAGCAGUUAGGAUAAGAAUAGGAUUCGAAGCUAAGGAGACUACGGUAGCAGUUGUUCAAUUCCAAACCACUAGACCCUCCCCUCGGACCGAAAAUGACAUCUAUGCUAAAAAACUAACAUCAAUUCUAUGUGACCAAUUGAAGCUAGAUUCAUCCCGCAUAUUUAUUUCAUUUGAUUUCCGAGAUGCCAAAAGUUUUGCUACCCAAGGGAAAACAAUCGCUUCGUUGUAUGAAUAA